AUGGGGAAGGAGAUAGAGAUGAAGGACGCCGAGUCGCCUUCACCUCUCGUGGGGAAGGAUGAGGCUGCCGUGGAGGAGGCCAGCGUUCUGGAACAGCUGGCCGUGACGGUGUCGGUGAUCGACCGGGCGGUGCGUGCCAAGGAGACCCGCACCGUCUUCAACCGGGUCCUGCGCCAGGUGGCGGGCGUGCGCCGACGCAUGCAGUCCAAGGACCUGCGGGACUUUGUGACGGCUCACAUUCCCCCCGGCAACCCCUCCCUGGAGCCCCUGCUGGCAGCCCUGGAUGAGGUGGGCCAGGAGACCCUGCUCAACUGCCUGCUGGCCGGGCUGCUGGACGAGGGCCUGUACGAGCAGGCCGACGCGCUGCGGGCGCGGGCGCAGCGCCCCGACACCGCGCGCGACGUGCAGCAGCUGGCGCGCUACCUGUACCACCUGGGCCGCAUCCACGCUGUGCGCCUGGACUACUCCGAGGCCAAGGAGUGCCUGCAGCAGGCCGUGCGCAAGGCGCCGCUGACAGCCACCGGCUUCCGCGUGGCCGCCACCAAGUGGCUGACCGUUGUGCGGCUGCUGCUGGGCGAGACGCUGGACCGCGGGGAGCUGACGCGCGGGGAGCUGGCGCGGCACCUGGCGCCCUACCUGGCGCUGACCCAGGCCGUGCGCUCCGGAGACCUCGCCGAGUUCGCGGCCGCGCUGCACGCGCAUGAGCCCGCCCUCCGCGCCGACCGCCUGCUGACCGUGGUCGGGCGCCUGCGCCACAGCGUGAUCCGCUCGGGCCUGCGCCGCGUGGCCGCGGCCUACUCCCGCAUCUCCCUGGCCGACGUGGCGGCCAAGCUGGGCCUGGCGGGGGCGGGGACGCCGAGGCCGGACGGGAGCAUUGAAGCGCAGCUGGACCACGCCGCGGGCGAGAUGCGGGCGGGCGCGACGCGGGACGUGUACGGCAGCGGCGAGCCCGCGGCGACCUUCCACGCUCGCAUCGCCUUCUGCAUGGACAUCCACAAUGAGGCGCUCAAGGCGAUGCGGUAUGAGUCGCUGGGCGGGCUGCAGCUGGAGGACGCAGACAAGCUGAGGGAGAGGCAGGAGCAGGAGCUCCAGGCGGCGCUCGAGGACGACGGGAUGGACUUCUGA